GAAGUUGCUCCCUUAACUCUACAGGCAGAGGAUGGUCUCCUGGGAUUUCCCCAAAUUGAAGACCAUGAAACAUCUAUUAUUGCUACUACUGUGUGUUUCCUCAGCUAAAGCCCAAGGUUUCACUGACUACGAUGAUGAGAUAAUGAAAACGUAAUAACCGAGUACUCCUCCGAGCUGGAACGGCACCGGGUCUACAUCGAUGAGACCGUGAACAGUAACAUCCCCACCAAUCUGCGCGUGCUCCGCUCAAUCCUGGAGGACCUGAGGAGCAAAAUACAAAAGCUGGAGAGCGACGUGUCGGCUCAGAUGGAGUACUGCCGCACCCCGUGCACCGUCAGCUGCAAUAUCCCCGUGGUGUCGGGCAAAGAAUGUGAAGAAAUUAUCAGAAAAGGAGGUGAAACAUCUGAAAUGUAUCUCAUCCAGCCUGUCAGUUCUAGCAGACCAUACAGGGUGUACUGUGACAUGACUACAGACAAUGGAGGCUGGACAGUCAUUCAGAACCGCCAAGAUGGCAGCGUUGACUUUGGCAGGAAAUGGGACCCGUACAAACAAGGAUUUGGAAAUAUCGCAACCAACGCAGACGGGAAAAAAUACUGUGGCCUACCAGGCGAGUACUGGCUUGGAAAUGACAAAAUAAGCCAGUUGACCAAGAUGGGGCCCACGGAGCUUCUGAUUGAAAUGGAGGACUGGAAAGGAGACAAGGUGAGAGCUCACUACGGCGGGUUCACGGUGCAGAACGAGGCCAGCAAGUACCAGAUCUCCGUGAGCAAGUACAAGGGCACGGCCGGCAACGCCCUCAUGGAAGGCGCCUCGCAGCUGGUGGGGGAGAACAGGACCAUGACCAUCCACAACGGCAUGUACUUCAGCACCUACGACAGGGACAACGACGGCUGGAUCAAUGCAGACCCCAAGAAACAGUGUUCUAAGGAGGACGGCGGUGGAUGGUGGUAUAACAGGUGCCACGCGGCCAAUCCAAACGGCAGGUACUACUGGGCCGGCCAUUACAGCUGGGACAUGGCCAAGCAUGGCACAGAUGACGGCGUGGUGUGGAUGAACUGGAAGGGGUCGUGGUACUCCAUGAAGAAGAUGUGCAUGAAGAUCAGGCCCUUCUUCCCACAGCAAUAGCCCCUCCUGUGUAGUCUUGUACUUUCCCUGUGUGACGCCAUUUUUAUACGUUAUGUUAUUGGGUUUUCUUUCAUACAUUACAUCACUCUGAGACUCUCAAAUGGUUGUGAGUGUGACUCUUUGGAAAAGGUACGGGACAAAUGACAUUAAACGUAGCACGUCAUUUUC